GGGGCUUUAAGGGGUGGGCUCUGCUCACUACGUGCCUUCGUGCGUCAUUCUCGUGCGCCCUGAGCCUCGGUCUCCACGUGGGUUCGGUGGUUAAACCCGGGCUGGGGAUCAUGGCGGGAACGGAGACUGGGGACGCCGCAGCAGGAGCCGAGGCCCCUCAGCCUCAGAAGCGCUACUAUCGGCAGCGGGCUCACUCCAACCCCAUGGCGGACCAUACGCUGCGCUACCCUGUGAAGCCAGAGGACAUGGAUUGGUCUGAGCUAUACCCAGAGUUCUUUGCUCCACUGACUCAAAAUCAGAGCCACGAUGACCCAAAGGAUAAGAAAGAAAAGAGAGCCGAAGCCCAAGUGGAGUUUGCAGACAUAGGCUGUGGCUAUGGCGGCCUGUUAGUGGAACUGUCACCGCUGUUCCCAGACACGCUGAUUCUGGGUCUGGAGAUCCGGGUGAAAGUCUCAGAUUAUGUGCAAGACCGGAUUCGGGCCCUACGAGCGGCUCCUGGAGGUGGUUUCCAGAACAUCGCCUGUCUCCGUAGCAAUGCCAUGAAACACCUUCCUAACUUCUUCCGCAAGGGCCAGCUGACAAAGAUGUUCUUCCUCUUCCCUGACCCACAUUUCAAGCGGACAAAGCACAAGUGGCGAAUCAUCAGUCCCACACUGCUGGCAGAAUAUGCCUACGUGCUGAGACUUGGGGGGCUGGUAUAUACCAUAACUGAUGUGCUGGAGCUACAUGACUGGAUGUGCACCCAUUUUGAAGGGCACCCCCUGUUUGAGCGUGUGCCUCUGGAGGAGCUGAGUGAAGAUCCCAUUGUGGGACAUCUGGGCACCUCGACCGAGGAGGGAAAGAAAGUUCUACGCAAUGGAGGAAAGAAUUUCCCAGCCAUCUUCCGAAGAAUACAGGAUCCCACCCUCUAGGCAGUGACCCCCAAUCCUGCCCUUCCUGAUCACUGACUUUGCCUUUGCUGACUUUGCCUUAGUUGGACCCCAUCUUCCAGGGACUGGAAAGAAGACUGGGCCCUUGGACCUUCCCACCUGAGCCUGCUAGGGCUGAGCGGCAACAGUCUCUCAAAGAAGUUGAGGAACUGCCCAGGGCAGAACCCUGGAGUUCAUGACCACCCCUGACUCCUCUCACCUUCUUACCCUUCCAGUGGCAGCAGAAAGCAAAAGCAGCUGACUGGGAAGGUCAGAAGACCUUGGACCAGAAGGAAUCUUUGGAAGGGAAUGGAGUCUUGCUCUCCCUUAGCAGUCCCUUCUCCUGGGAUUUCUCCUUCUCAGCUGGAGUGAAGAACGCAGUUCUCCACUGUCCAUCUAAACUGCCUGCUAAGCUCAAA